AUGUACUCCACUCAGCCAGACAUCUCCAUGAUCUUUCAGACCCUUCUCGGAAGGAUCGACGAGCUCGCUCGAGGAACGAACUCUCGUUUGGACGACCUCGCGUAUUCUAAGAUUGCUUGCAACAACCGCAUUAACGAACUCCAGUCUGUCGAGAUUGGCGCAUCAAGAUCACAACAAGUUGAUAUCACUCCACGACUCCAGCGUGUUCUUUUCAAAGAUUUACCAACACCAAUGACCGGUUCAGGACAGCAGCGAUCAAUCCAAGCCAACGAUCUACGUGCACCAAUCACAAGUUCCGGACAAAAACAUCAGAAUCAUGUGAACGAAUCUUCAGCACCAAUCUUCAGCACGAAUCGACAGCAGCGCCCAAGUUAUCUAAAUGAUCAACAUCUUCAAAACAUCAAUUUCCCGCAUAUCACCAACAUGGAGACCCAACACAGAGACGACGACAUUGAAGAAAUGAGGGCUCAGCUGCAAAGCAUGAACUCCAAAGUCUAUCAGGCAACCAUCACAGCACCAGAGAUCGAUCGUGUACUCCGCGAGACCCAGAAUACACCUUUUACAUUUCGUCUCCUCAGUAUCCCUGUCCGACAUCAGAAGAACAAAAUCAAACUCCUGACUUACAACGGAACAUCUGAUCCAAGAGAGUAUCUAACCGCCUUCAGCAUCGCAACCGGGAGAGCCAAUUUCUCACCAGAAGAACACGAUGCCGGUCUCUGUCAAUUGUUUGUGGAAAAUUUGAGCGGACUCGCCCUCGGUUGGUUCUCACGCCUUGAAGCCCUUUCUAUCGACAACUACAAUCAACUCUCGACGGCCUUCCUCAAACACUACUCGCUGUUUAUCCAACAGAGUGAAACUAAUGCCGACCUAUGGACUUUGGCUCAAGAACCUACGGAAACACAACGCUCGUACAUCGACAAGUUCAGAGUCAUCGUUUCUCGCAUCACCGUACUCGACGAAGCAGCAGUCCUCGCACUCCGAAAUGGUCUUUGGCACAAAUCACCAUUUCGAGAAGAGCUCAUGAAGUAUAAACCACAGACUCUGGAAGAUGCACUCCAUCGGGCGAUAACUUUCAUCGAAAUCGAAGAAGAUAAAGCUGCAUUCAGCAAAAAGCACGCAGCCACCAAAAAAUCAUCUUCGAAAGAUAAAGAGCCUGAUGAAUACUACGAACCUAGACAGCAUUAUGACAAAGCGUACAAAGAUGGAAAGAGCAGAAAAGCAUCCAAUUAUCAAAUCAGCGACCAACCAUCCAGUUGCUCCACAGGAAAGCACGCUCGCAACAGUCAAGGAUCAGAAGAUGCCCAGACAUAUUGCAGUUCUAUUCAUGGAACUCUUUGA